AACUCUCAAAGGACUAGGAAAAAACCUAUACAGCCCAUAACUCGCCACCACCCCAAAUCUCACCCUCAACGGCGCAGAGAAGCUUUCCGCGCCUUGAUCUCAUUGGCAAUUUGAAAGAGAGGGAUAUCAUGAGGGCAAUCAUACCUCAAGCCUAAGCGCUUCCCCAUCAAGACGGCACUCCUCGCUCUAGUCAAUACGCCAUAAGGCUCCGACAUCUCCGUCGGCAACACCAUCAGCUCUUUCCCUGUCUGCUCUGCAUCAGUAUAGCCUGCUUCCAUUGUCAUAGCACCACCAGAGCUCCCAGCAGCACCUUGCUUCUUUCUGCCUCCACCAUCACCAAAGCCCCUAGCAUCCGCAGAAAGCUCCACCGUCUCAAUACCCCUAACAUCCGCAGAAGAGGUUUCUGGGAAAAGCACCGAAGUUGAGAAGCUUGGGGAUGGCGAGCCGCCUCUAAAGAGGCCAGAAAUCAUCAAUUCUUCACUCUCGGAAGAAGACAACAGACGUCGAUUCCCCGAUUCCAGCAAGAACCCCAGCAUGCUCCGACGAUCUCUGAUCUCUAGCCGCAAACACCCUCGAACCAGCAACUCCACGCCGCGGAAAUCUCGCCCAAGCAACCGACAAUGGCGUUCCUCCCAAACGAAACCCAUCGAGGAGGUUAAUCGCCUGAGAAGCAACCUCCAAAGAAGAGAAUCUAGCAAACCCGAACCUAUGGCUUCUCCCAAUCUUCCUCUGUCUCUGGAUAAAGACAUUCAAAACCCUCCCAAUCUGAGCAAAAAGACCACGAACCUGGAGAUAAUUGACGCCGUCAGAAAUGCCAUCAACGAAAAGGGUGAAGAUCGAAUUACAGUGGAGGUUAUUCUCCUUCUCCAAACCGACGUCGUCGCUCCUCGAGAAGCCGCUGCACGCAGCUACUUUCUCCUCCCUUCGAACCUGGAUGGAAGCGUCUUUAGCUUUUUCUCCACCCAGGAGAAAGCCGUUUUUCUUCCUCCGGUCAGAACCGUCUCCGUCGCUCGUCGUCUCGCCGCCAUCUCCGUCGCCUUCUGCUUGGGUAUCCUCCUUGGAGGGAGAUCCGCCGCCAUCAGAGUUUGGAGCCCUAGCAGAGCUUCAUUUUAUUGAUUGAGAGAAGUUGACACUUCUGAAAAUCUGGCAUGGCUUCUGGUAUUUCAAGAUUUCUAAGUUUUCAAGAUGACCAUGAACUUCAAAAACUCCCAGCAACUAACGAUGACAAUGGAAUCAAGCUUAAUGGAAACCAAGUAGUUGAGCCUAGUGCCAGAAAGGGUCAGAAGAAGGAACUAAAGAAAACAAGAAAGUUCUUGAAAGCUAGAGUGUUGUCAAGAGUAUUCUCAGAGGACUAUGAGAGAGUAAAAAGAAGAAUAUUAGAUCCCCAGGGACAAACCAUUCACAAAUGGAACAAGAUUUUCUUGGUAGCAUGUUUAGUUUCUUUGUUUGUGGACCCUCUGUUCUUAUAUUUGCCACUAGUUAGAGAUGAAGUGUGCAUCGAUAUUGGAAUAGAACUUGAAGUUACCCUCAUAGUUAUCAGAUCAAUGGCAGAUUCCCUUUACAUAAUUCAGAUUCUCAUGAAGUUUCGUACGGCUUAUGUCGCACCUUCUUCGCGCGUUUUCGGAAGAGGAGAACUUGUUAUAAACUCUUCUAAGAUAGCUACUAGGUACCUAAGAAAAGGUUUCUGGUUAGACUUUGUUGCCGCACUGCCUCUUCCUCAGGUGUUGAUUUGGAUUGUCAUUCCCAGUCUUGGAGGUUCAACCAUGACAAACACAAAAAAUGUCCUUCGCUUUAUCAUCAUCUUCCAAUAUUUACCGAGGCUAUAUCUGAUUUUUCCACUUUCCUCCCAAAUUGUAAAAGCUACUGGGGUUGUGACAGAAACAGCAUGGGCAGGUGCUGCUUACAACUUGAUGCUUUACAUGCUGGCUAGCCAUAUUUUAGGAGCUUGCUGGUACCUUUUAUCAGUUGAAAGACAAGAAGCAUGCUGGAGGAGAAUUUGCGAGUUGGAGUCUUCUUGUCAAUUUGAAUUCUUUAACUGCAAUAGAGUUAUAGAUUCCCUCAGGGUCUCCUGGUUUGUCACAAGUAAUGUCACAAAUUUAUGCUCACCAAAUGCUAAAUUUUAUCCGUUUGGUAUAUAUGGUGAUGCAGUGACAUCCAAAGUUACAACUUCACCAUUUUCCAAUAGGUACUUCUUUUGUCGCUGGUGGGGACUGAGGAAUCUGAGUUCUUUGGGACAAGGUCUUCUUACUAGCACUUUUGUUGGAGAAAUAAUGUUUGCCAUUGUCGUUGCAACCCUUGGAUUGGUUCUUUUUGCAUUGCUUAUUGGUAACAUGCAAGGAUACCUCCAAUCAACAACUGUCAGGUUAGAAGAGUGGAGGGUGAAAAGAACUGAUACAGAGCAAUGGAUGCAUCACCGGCAGCUACCUUCAGAACUAAGACAAUCUGUGCGCAAAUAUGAUCAAUAUAAAUGGCUGGCAACACGAGGAGUAGAUGAAGAAACUCUUCUCAAAGAACUUCCAGUGGAUCUUCGGAGAGACAUCAAGCGCCACCUUUGUCUUGAGCUAGUUCGAAGAGUGCCAUUGUUUGACCAAAUGGAUGAGAGGAUGCUAGAUGCAAUAUGUGAAAGACUAAAGCCUGCAUUGUGCACAGAAAGCACAUGUCUAGUUCGUGAGGGUGAUCCAGUGAAUGAGAUGCUCUUCAUAAUCAGAGGGCACCUUGACUCAUACACCACCAACGGAGGCCGCACUGGUUUCUUCAACUCGUGCCGCAUUGACCCAGGUGAUUUUUGUGGCGAGGAGCUUCUGACAUGGGCCUUGGAUCCACGACCAAGUGUCAUCGCCCUUCCUUCUUCCACUCGAACGGUGAAGGCCAUAUCAGAAGUAGAGGCCUUUGCCCUCAUAGCAGAGGACCUCAAGUUUGUUGCAUCACAGUUCAGAAGACUGCACAGCAAGAAACUCAGGCACAAGUUCAGGUUUUACUCGCACCAAUGGAGAACGUGGGCCGCAUGUUUUGUGCAAGCUGCGUGGAGACGGUAUAAGAAAAGAAAAGAAGCUGCUCAAGUGAUGAGGGCCUGCAGGGAGAAUGCCUCAGUUGCUGAGGCAGAAACACCAACGUUUGUGUAUGCAAUGAGGAGCACAAAGCAGGUUGUCAAUGUGCAUUCUUCUGGAGUUGUUAACUCUUUCCAGAAGCCAACAGAACCUGACUUCUUUGUUGAUGAGUAAUAACUAGGAAUUAAUUUUGUUGCAACCCCAAGACUUUGUUUGGAUUAGAGGAAAAUAUCAUAGUAUUGUUUAAAAGAGGAUAGAUCCUAAUGGAAACCUAUUAUACAUAUUCCCAUCAUGUUCCACUUCUUGACUUAACUAUCAAAUUGAUCCCUCUAUUGUCA